UUCAUAGUUUUACACGCUGCUAAAACAAACGAGUUCACCGUGAAUUUCCUCCGUUUCCCCGUCAAAGAUCUCACUUUAGGAACCAAACCUCCGUCAGGUCCGACCAUCAUGUCUCGGAGCGGGAACAGCCGCGGGUUACCGUUUUUACCGGGCUACACUUUCCGGGACAUUACGGUAAGAAUGUUAAAGGUAACCGUUAAAAAACAGAGACACCGUUAAAUAAUGAAGCUAUAUCGAGUUUAACCAUCAGACUUCAUGUUUUCAGUGAUCCUGAUAUUUGGCUGCAUUCCUUCAUGUGACUCUGCUGUAGUUUUCAUGGUCCUGAAAUAAGAUGCUAAAGGUUUGACAGCUGUGAGCUUCCGUACAGCAGAGACGAGUUUUACUUCAUUGUAAUGUUUUAAUUUGUCAAAGUGAGUUUUUAGUUUAAAGUGUUUCUGUCAGUCUGUUAAUGUUAUAUUCAUAAACUUAAUGUACCUCUGUGUUAUAACAGACCUCCACUGUAUUCUUACACACGUGUAUCUGUGUGAUAAUAUUGUCACUAACAACUUUAAACACAAACAACAGAGAUGCUACAGUUAAGAUUAAUUCUCUUAUAAUGCUCAGACUUUGUUUAUCACCUUAGGCGGGUGUAUAUAUGGGAAAAAAAAACUGUAAAAGUGUCAUUUUCACGAUGAAACUUCCCAAGUUUAUAACUGACAUUAAGACAAAUAUUUUUUAUAUCACAAGUUUAGUCAAAUGUUAUGUUUGGAUAUGUAAAUGAGGUCAUAUCUAAUUAAAUAUGCACUAAUUUACAUACAUUUACAGAAAACUGAACAAUGGAUAAAGUUCCUUUCAGAUUUACUCAUUCUUCUUCUCUACUUUGCUGAGAUGAACAAGAAGCCUCUAUUUUCAAGUGUGAGAGGAGGAGUGUGACGACUGGUUUAAGAAAAGUAUAAAAAAUAAACAAGAAUGAGAUGACAGAACUAAAGAAAAUAGAAAAAGAUCUGUAUAGAGAUAUGUUUUAAAAUUUAUUAGCGGAACCACACGGUUCUCAUGAAUUAAUUCUUUCUUGAAGUUGAAAUAAUGGUUAUAAACCACAGAAACCACCAACACAAGGCAAUAUGAGAAAGGAGAAAUAUGCAAUUACCAAGGGAAAUUAUACUUAUUAUUUUUUCAAGUAACCAAUUUCUUUAAUAUGUAAUUGUACUUGUAAAAACUUAUCUAUCAUAGAAAUAUGCUAAUUAUAAUAUUACAUGGUCCAAACAUGUAUCAGGCGCCAGUAUUCCUGAUCUAGAAUGAAAACAAAGGAGUGAUGAUCAUUUUAAGGAUGUAAAAAUAAGGAUGUUCUCAUUUACAGAGUGAUAAAAAGAGAUAUCCAAAGCCCCCCCCCUUCUGACUCUAGUAUGUCAACAAAACGAAACAAGAAUUUUGAAAGGGUCUUUAUCUAUUGUUCAGUUUUCUGUAAAUGUCUGUAAAUUAGUGCAUAUUUAAUUAGAUAUUACCUCAUUUACAUAUUCACACAUGACAUUUGACAAAACUUGUAAUAUAAAAAAUAUUUGUCUUAAUGUCAGUUAUAAACUUGGGAAGUUUCAUGAUGAUAUCUGGUCGUUAAAAAUUUUACCCUAUUCACCUGGGGGGUCUCCGCGGCCUUUUGAGUUUGUUAUUAAGAUCAUCUAAUACUAUAAAAAAACAGCUGAGGAACCUUUGUUAGGAUUUUUUGAGGUUAUAUUUGCACCUGACGACCUGACCACCUCCUCCUCCUCCUCCUCCUCCUCCUCCGUGUCUCUGUGCAGAAGUCCGCCUACCAUCGACCCCAGACUCUGGACUAUAAGAACGGGUACGCUCGGCCUCGCCGCCCCACUGUGGGAAUUGGACAAGAGCCUCUAUUUUCAGAGCAGCUGAUCCAGCAGGAGAUCGAUGAGCUGUCCUAUCGAUACCCAGACAUGUAUGAAGACUCUUCUGAGCAGGGCCUGACCCAACAGUUCAUCCCCGCUCACGUGGCGUUGGACAAGAAGGUAGAAAACAUGUAGAAGACCAGAACUGGAGGAUCUUCAGGAGCUUCAGUCUGACUGAUCUUCAUCGUCUUUGUCUCGUAGGUGCUUCGUUUCUUUGGGUUCUUCCAGGAGAGCGUCCUUUUUUCGCCUGACGAGGAAUACCGCGUCCGGCCCGUGGUCAUUUACUACUACCUGGAGGAUGACAGCAUUUGCAUCAUCGAGCCAGGGGUGGAGAAUUCUGGGAUACCGCAGGGUAAACGGAUCAAACGCCAGCGCCUGCCCAAGAACCGGAGUGGAGCUCAUUACCUCUGGAGAGACCUGAACCUUGGCAUGGACCUGGAGGCGUACGGGGUCAGGUACCACAUCACGCAGUGCGACAACUUCACGAAGGUAAUAAACUCACCUGUGCGAACGCUCCGUCUUCACCUGUCCGUGUUUGACUCCUUCUCUGACUCAAACCUUUGGAUGUUUCUGUUUUCAGGAGUUCCUGGAGAGCGAGGGCCUGGUUCUGAACGACCCAGAGCAGAUUCCUGUUGAUCCGUACAGCCAACGCCGCCAACCUCCCCAGCAUUCCUUCACAACGCCCUCUGAAGUGGACAGCAUGCACCGUUUCCUCACCUUGGACCGAAAGGUACGACGGUGUCCUCUAAGUCCACAUCGCUGAGUCUCUUCUGACACUUACAGGUGGAGCUAAACUAACGCCUGAUCUUCUCUGGGUCAGGUUCUGCGGUUCUUCGCCCUCUGGGACGAUUUGAACGCUCUAACCAGGGAGUCCAGACCCGUCACCAUCCACUUCUUCCUGGUGGACGACACGGUGGAGAUCAGAGAGGCGCGCCAACCCAACAGUGGUCGAGAUCCUUUCCCAGUCCUGAUCCGCAGACAGAAGCUGCCCAAGAAGUUGAAACCAGAAGCCGGUGAGACUCCGAACACCGAGAGUUAGAACCGUUCACAGGUUCAGUCCGGUCCACUUCACUUCACGAACAAACGCACAAUAAAAACAGAUUUUUACUCCAUGAUAGAAAAGUGAAGUGUGGUUCUGCUCCAUCAUCAUCGUGUCCCUCAGAGAUGUUUCCUCGCUGUGUGAUGGAGGUCUCCAAACCGGAGGUGGACGAGUAUCUCUCCCCCAGAGACUUCCAGCUGGGUCAGACGGUGAGCCUGCUGGGUCGUCACUUCCUGCUCUACGACUGUGACGGGUUCACCAAAGACUACUACCAGAAGAACUUCUCUGAGAUGGAGAUGAAGCCUGUGGAGAUACCGAAGACCAGGCCUCCGGAGAGGAAGAAGGUGAGCUGCUGAGUCCUGAUCGGACCUGGUCCUUGUCUGGAUAGUGAAGCUGGUCUCAUGGUGGUUCCUGUCCAUGUUUCAGGAGGUCCCCCCCUAUAAUGGUUUUGGGUCUCUGGAGGAUUCCCUUCAGAACUGUCUGACUCUACACCCUCAGCCUCCGAAGAAGGACGUGCUGAAGAUGCUCCUGAACGGAAACAAAGCUCUGCGCUACAGCGUCCGGCUGGUGAGUCCCCAUGAGUCUGGUUCUGCUCCUCGGUCUGAACGGGUCACAUGAUCUCUCUCCUCUUCCUCUCCGACCUUCUAGGACUCCCAGAACCCUGACGAUGAGAGCCGCCGUUUCGUGCUGUCCUUCUUCCUGUCCGACGACAUGAUCAGUAUUUAUGAGAAGCCCACCCUCAACUGUGGCGGGGGACGGUUUCUGGAGAAGACCCGCAUCCCAAAGCCCGGUUCUACCGUGGAAAAGCCGGACUUCUACUCACCGGCGGACUUUGUUAUUGGAGCCACAGUGGAAGGUAAGACCGGUCAGUUUGGAUAAACCCAGGUCUGAGAAGGACUGUGUCCUCUGAAAGUCCUGCAUGGUUCAGACCCUCGGACCCCCUCAGAGAGACCAUCCCUGCUGAACUCUUGACCCUCUCCUCCUCUCGCUGUUUCUCUCAGUUUUCGGUCAUCGCUUCGUCUUGACUGACGCUGACCACUUUGUGCUGAAGUAUCUUGAGUCCGUCUCAGACCAGAUCCCUGAACAGACGCUGGACUCUCUGCGCCUGAAGCUGAGCGUGAGGACGGCUGAGACCCCGAGAGCUGACCCAGACGGUAAAACACACACAGGUGGAGUCGGUCUGCAGGUGGAGGUCAGGAGUGUUUUUACAUAUUUAACACACCGACUCCUGUUCUUGUUUCUUUAUCAGGUGAGAACGUGACGGCGCCGUCUUCAUGAAGGUUCAUCAAUCCUCAUAAAUCAGAGAAGAAGAAGACGACAUGAUCUUUGUUGGUCUUCAUUCAUAAAACACUCAGACGUCUCUGAAAGGGGGUCUGUACGGUCAAACCUGGCAACUUCAGGAAAUGUUCCUGAUAGAGUGAGACUGUGUUUACGUUUGAGUCAGCUGAUUCCUGAACUUCUCUCAGUUUGUCUCUUUUCAUUUCUGCUUUUUUCACAUUAUUAAAAAAAAACAAUAAAAGUACCAGG